UCACGCACCUACACUGUGGGCAAAUGAACAAAUAUACAUGGUCAUAAUGAACUAUGGGAUCACAUUGCUACUUCCCGUCACAACAAUAAGCUACCCCUGCGCGUGUCAAUUGCUCUGUCACUUCAGCCAGAUUUGUUUGUGUGUCGAGAUGGAAACGAAGUACCUACGCAGUACGGUUCCAAUUGUCGCGCUUUCGUUAUGAAUAAAAAUACUCGACUUAAAAAGUAACCUUUUCGGCUGCAACGUCCUAUUCCAAAGCACGACGGUCAGGCAGUAACAACGCACAGUGAACCACGGUACGAAGGAAGUAAACAAAAAAGGACGCGCGCGCGUGUGUGACUGUGUGUGUGUGUGCGUGUUUUGUGGAACCAGCAGGAAGGAAGCUGCAAUUAAGGACAACACCCGGGCAUAUAGCGUUGCGUACGGGGGGGUGCGGGAACUGUGCGUCCAUCAUUACGUGAUUGUUAAGUGCAGGUGGUGCAACAAUUCACCCUUGCGGGAAGUGUUGUGUGUUCCGCGACGGUAACAAACGGCAGACGAGAUUAUACCGGCAAUCGUGGAAAACGUAGAAAUCGGGCAGGAUGGGAGGAUUGCAGGCGGCUUGGUCCAUCAUGUCGAUGGUGACGCUGACACCGUUCUUCGCUUUCCUAUUUUCCAUCGUGUUUAUGGCAUCGAUCGGAAAAUCGUUCGGUGUGAGGCGACUGUACGUGGAUCUGCUGGUGAAAAUCUUCGAGUUCGGUCGACAAAACAUUGAAUCCGUGCGGAAGCAGCAGUUUGCUAACAUUACAAAAUCUGAAGUAGAAGAUGAAGACACACCCACCGGUGACAGUCUUAAUGCCGAAACAACCGAUACAAGCAGCACGAAAACGAACGGUACCAUCCCGAACGGUGGAAGCCAUCGAUAUAUGAACGGACGCGAUACAUCCUCAAACAUUGCGAACGGUGGCAAUACCGUCAUUAGUCGGGCAGAAUCCCUUAUCCUAUCGCCGGAAGUUAUUGAUGAUACGCGAAGCAAAAGUACCGAACCACACGAUGACGGUACCGUGCGGGAAAAUGGUGAAGAUGGUGACGACGACACCAAGUCCGAUGGUACGGAUGGUGAGCAUGAAGCGGCAGGUUUCAAGCUGUCGAAUUGUCUCGAUUACGUGAAGUCGGGUAUGGAAGCGAUCAUCGAGGAUCAGGUGACGAGUCGGUUUUUGGCGGAAGAGCUCAAAAAUUGGAACCUGCUAACGCGCACCAACCGGCAGUACGAGUUUAUCAGCUGGCGGUUAACGGUGAUAUGGAUGAUCGGCUUCUUGAUACGAUACUUUAUCCUGAUGCCGAUGCGGGUGCUUAUUUGCUUUAUUGGGGUGGUCUACUGUGUGAUUGGCUUCGCGUUCGUGGGCAUACUUCCAACGUUCCGGUUGCGCCGGACCAUGAAUGAGAUCGUGUUCAAGCACACGUUCCGAAUGAUUACCCGUUCGAUAUCGGGCGUUGUACGGUUCCACCAUCCAGAGUUCAAGCCGAAAAACUGUGGCUUUUGUGUGGCCAAUCAUACGACACCGAUUGACAUUGCAAUCCUGUCCACCGAUUGUACCUAUUCCCUGGUCAUAUGGUUGACGCUGUGCACUGCCGUAGUUGGCUGCGUGCCGGAAGGUUCCAUCAAGCGCGCCAUGGUCAAGAGUGUGCUGAUUCAGUGUUUCGGCUUUCUGUCGAGUGCAUUAUCAUCUGUGAUCAAUUAUCAUAACAUACAGAAUCGUCCAUUGAAUGGCAUCUGCGUGGCAAACCAUACCAGUCCCAUCGAUGUGUUAAUGUUAAUGUGUGACAAUUGUUACUCGCUGAUUGGUCAACGUCACGGAGGAUUUCUUGGAGUGCUUCAACGUGCAUUGGCCCGAGCCUCACCUCACAUCUGGUUCGAACGAGCUGAAGCAAAGGAUCGGAUAUUAGUUGCAAAGAGAUUAAAGGAGCACGUGACAGAUCCGAAGAAUCCACCGAUUCUGAUUUUCCCCGAGGGUACUUGUAUCAACAACACUUCCGUGAUGCAGUUCAAGAAGGGUAGCUUUGAAGUUGGUGGUGUAAUCUAUCCAGUGGCCAUCAAGUACGAUCCACGCUUUGGUGAUGCUUUCUGGAACAGCUCGCGAUACUCGAUGAUGCAGUAUCUUUUCCUCAUGAUGACUUCAUGGGCGAUCGUGUGCGAUGUAUGGUAUCUGCCACCGAUGGAACGCAACGAAGGUGAAUCAGCGAUCGAUUUCGCGAACCGUGUGAAGCGUGUCAUCGCCGAUCAGGGUGGUUUGGUCGAUCUCGUCUGGGAUGGACAGUUGAAGCGCUCGAAACCAAAGAAGGAGUGGAAGGAAAAGCAGCAGGAGAAGUUUAGCAAGCUGCUAAAAGGCGAAUGACAGAUGGCCUAGCGGUCACCGUGCCGAUCCCGAAGCUCGGAACAGCCAUCGACGGAUCGGAACAGUGCAAAAGCGGUGACACCUACAGAGGUGCCAGAAGACGUGCAGCUAAGACAGGAGGCUUGUCCGGAGCGAGUGGAUACAUAGACGCAAGGUUCAUACUAACUGGGACGGCUACAGUGAUAACUUCAUCAGCUUUUGCUCUUCACAAAUAGAUAAGACAGGAACCAUUUAACAGACCAGUAGCAGUCCGUAGGAUGAAUAUCCUUUCUGAGCAAUGCACAGUACUAUCCGUUAUGCGUCAUGCCGUCUGUGCCGCGCGUUAGGAUGUACUGUAUAGGCACUAUUUCAGUAAUAACACCAACUAUCACCACCAAAUAACAAACAAAACAAACUAAUGCGCUUAGGUAAAGAUUAUCCUCGCUCACUGUGAAAUGUCAGUCUUAAUUUAACGGUUUCCCUACCUAUUGUUUGGUGCUCCUUGUUGUUGUUUUUAACGACACCUAGCAUUUACGUUUAAGCACAUACCCGCACUGCACCGCGCUCCACAGUAAUGGUCGUUUCACAGUAGUACAAACCGAUAGCACAGUAACCGAAUUUACUUAAGUUGUUCGUGCAGGAGGACGCACGUUACCCAAAUCACACCAACAGAGCAUAAAUAGUCAGGCACCAAACCAACACAUAGGUAGUAGAUUGAUACUUUCCCAUGAUACAAUGUCUCUCGCGUUUUGUCUUUUUCUACUUGUUCAACUUUACUUCUCUGCCCUCUUUGCUUGUUGUUUGUGUGUUUUUCGUUAGUUUUCCUUUUCUUGCUAACAAGUGUAACAUAUUUGUGAAAUAUUUGUACCUACUUGCUUUUUUUUUGUUUUGGUUUUUGUUUUACUAAAAUAAUUCAAUUUCAUGUUGUCGUCCUACGACGGAUAGGCUUCUUGUCACAAUGUCUGUCAAAUGUAUGGAAUGCAAAUUGUUGUAUAUACCUUUCUGGAAACGAUGAUAUGUAUGUAUGAAAUGUGUGUUGUGUUAACAGUUAAUCCUUUUUUGCAUUUAACACAUUCGUCGUUCUUCUCUUUGUUUUGCAAAUGGAUGCAAAUAAUUUGCAUGAUGGUUUUUAGUUUCCGUUUUUUCAUGAUAAAUAAUAAAGCCAGUACAGCGUUAAGCAUGUAACAUAUUCGGGGCAGCUUUAUCCCGUGUGUAGGAUAAUGGGCUUGGGCAGCUAACCGCGUAUGCACACAGUAGAAGCGGAUGGUAUUGUAUGGUGUAAAUCUAGCAUUAGAAGUAACUGUAUAUCAUAAGACUGAACAAAAACAAGGUGAUGGAACGAGUGAUGAAGCGAGGAAAAGAUCGAUAGAGCGGAAGCGGCAAAAGAAUGACGAUCUUGAUUUGUUAUCGUGCAGAUAUAGGUAUAUAGGUGUUGUGUUGUAAAGAGAUGAUUGAAGGUUUGAAGAAGCACCACAAACAAACCAGAGGCAAGAUGCAUGAUUGAUAUUUAUAUCGGUAAAGAUGAGAAACUAAAUGUAAACAGCCAGAAGGUGGGACAAGACUAAAGAUUUAGGUGAGAUUUAAGUCGGUUAAUACGAGGAGCCAAUAAACAGAACAGAAACACUGUGUAAAGAUGUUUGUUGUGCAAGUGGUGCAAUGAAGACAGACAGUAAAUCAUAAAUACCAACCCGUAUCCGGGUGUACGUAUACAAGCGUAAUGUAACAACAACAGGCAACCUGUGCAGCGGAAGAUAAAAGACACAGACUCUACAUUCAACUUGUUAGUGGUUUAUUAAACAAAUGAUGAGGCUAAAUUUCGUACAACCCAUGCAUCGAUUGUCUCCACCCGGAAUCACUUCAGUCAAUCGUUUGUAGGUUUUUUUUCUAAUGUAAAACGCUUGCAGUUGUAACUGUCGAACGAGUAUAAAGUUAAGUGUUGUGUUGUGUUUUUUUGUUGAUCGUUACAGUUGUGUUAAGAAACGAUAUACACCAUGCAAAGAUAGACAUGAUUUCAUGUGACGAGCAAGUAUUGAGAAGCGCGUUAGCAUUUAAAGCAUUAUGGUGCCAAUUGGUGGCCGUAAGGAAGGAUGUAAUAUAAACACACUAUGGCUAUAUUACUCUUACAUCCAUCCUAUUCGUUCCAGGACAGAACGCGGAUGGAGUGAGGAUAUUUUCAUUCAAAAUAAAUUACUACAUUUAAUGCGACGAAACUUUCCACAGCUACAGUUACAGACUGCCUGCCGGCAAAUAGUGUCACCAAGAACAGAAAAACCGAAAUGCCCAUGCACACAGAACCUACGUUUGCCAAAAUAAGCACAUUUGAAAGGCAAAUUGAAGAUGGCUGAUUUUGUGAAUAGCGUUUGACGGGGACUUAGUGGUUAGCGGAGCAAAUUAUUCGAUAACACGUUGUGCAUCACAAUGCACUACCUUUGUACAGCACCAUGCAAAGUUGUGUGUAGAGAAGCAAUAGGGAACUAGUGUUUUGAACACCAUCAAUUCUAGGAAUGAGUUCGGUUACGUAUUUUUUUAUAAAAAAAACUUUCUGAAGCGUUUCAGCCCAACAAGUAGUAACAACGUAUUGAGAUUACGUUUGAUAUGUGCGUUCUUGCGUUGUACUAAAUCAUUAAACAUUGCCAGGGUCUUCGGUGUAUUGUUACGGGAUUGGAAUAUGGGAUACAAGCAUUGGAACCGAGAGGGUGCAAUAAUGGUCCAAUCGGUUUAUAUUUACUGACUAGUCAGUUGAGUGGACGAAAUGUGCAAGAGAAAUGGAAUGGAAUGGAAUGAGCUAAACAUGUGGGAACAAGGUAAAUUGCUAAUACUGCUGUCAAUGAUAUUUAUGAUACAAAAAUACAUACACACACACAUACACAAUCUGAAUGCCUAAAUGUAGGAAUGGAUAAACCCGGGUAGAGAUUAGACGAGCGGAGGAGAACAAGAGUGGCAAAAUAACUGAAAAAUGAAUAAAACAUGGGAUCUUUUUUUCCUUUUGUCAGAA